CCCACACACAACCCCCCUGCCCCCACCGCCCCCCACGGGGGCAUGAUACCAUCGUCGCUAUGCUGUCUCGACUGCGCCGAGAUGCCCCCCUUCCUCGCCACCUGCCUGCGGCGGCGAGGCGGCGACGCGGUCAUGGGCGACCCUGCCAGCGGCGGCUCGCCAGCGCUUUCGCGAGUUCCCCUCGACGAGCUCAUAAGGUCGCUCCAGGGCCAGGCCGCCGCGGACGAGGGGCGCCGUCCGGCCCAGGACCGAGGGCUCGGCGCUGCGCCACGUGGCCCCCUGGUUUUGCCGCAGCGUCGUUCGCGCAGGCCUCGCGGUCCUGGGGCGCUGCGGGCAGCUCUUCCUGGCAGACACACGCAGUGGCGGUUGUGGCGACUAGGCCCCACAAGCACCGUGGCUGCUGACUGUGGGACGGCGACAGGAGGCCCUGCAGCGGAGACGGCGGGCGCCCUGGCGGGCUCGUGCUGCCGGCGCAGGUAAUUCGCCAGCCGUCCCUUGAGUGCCGCUGCAGCGGGGACAUGGGCGAGAGCCGUGCGCCGGUGGCCAACAAGACCGCGACUCCC